AUGUUUGAAUUCCCUAAACUACAUUCCUUUCCGCCAUUCUUCACUAAACAGAGCAACGCCACUAUUCUAGAACACCAGCUUGAGGCCUGGUCGUCGCUUAUUCUCUCAUACUGUGAGUACUAUAAGAUCUAUAGCUUGCUGGGCACGGGAGCAGUGCUUUCGGCCCAGAAGAAGGACGUGGAGUUCCCGCCGUUGUUUGAGAAUAAGCUGGUUGAAAGGGCGUGCCUGGAUUCGUUCAAACGUGAAAUCUUUAGCCACCUUAUCCAUAAAAACGACCGAGCUAGCUAUAUUGAUCCCAAGAAGCUGGACGCUGGCGUCCUUGUUCAUUGGCGUACAUUGCCAGAAUGGGCUAAGCUUCUAAGGGAUUACGUGGAUAGUACUGGCCAGUUGGGCACGAUUCUUACGGUGUAUGAGUUGACACAGCUGGAGGAUUCAACUACAAGUGAGGAUUUCAGAAAUAUCGAUUACAACCUUUUUGUAAGGAUAUUGCAAUUGCUUAUGAAACAGGGUAAGGCUCAGAUUUUGAUGGCAGAAGAUAACCUGGGCCAAAUUGAGGGUGUGAAGAUUGUGUAA